AAAGGGAGAGAAGGUUCUCUCACCUCUGGCCGUCUGCUCGCGAUAAUAUAAACAAAAUCACACUCACACACAAACAAACACAAAUUGCAGCUUCCCUUUCUCCCUAUUUCUUCUCACCCCAGAGUUAAGAGCAGCUUUUUUGAAGCUUUAAUUUAUCUCACCGCUCCCGUCCUUUUCACCCUCAUCUUUUCUUCAAUUCCGCUAUUUAAUUUUAUAUAUAUGGGCAGAGAGUGGGUGUCUUGGAUCGGCGGCGGCGGAAAUAGUAUGUCCUCCGCCAAGAGAGAGAAAAUGGCAUCAGGUGGCUGCAUGUGUGCUGUUUUGCAUCUAUUUCAUGCCCACCGCCGGAACCACUCCAACACAUAUCCUUUCAUUCAAGAACAACAACCCACUACAACUACAGGAUUAGAUGCGCCGAGAAACAGCUUGGAGGAGUUGAAGCAAGAAGAAGAUUUAAAAUUCCCAGUGGGCAUUAAAAUAAAAAGCACGGAAUAUGAUAUUGCGUCAGAAUGUGACUCUCCGGGAUCGAACACACCAAGCGUAGUAGCAAGGCUAAUGGGCCUUGAUUUAUUCCCACAACCACAAUGCACCUCUCCUUCAAUCACCACCAAAUCACCUCUCCUCCUCCAAAUCGACGUCGCCCGCUCCUUGCCGGAGACGCCGCGGACAUCCUCCUCGUCCCGGAAGUCCGACGUCGAGCGCCACCGACUCUCCCUCGAAAUGAACAAAGAGAAUGUAUUUUCUCCCUCCGACGGCGGCGGUAGACUUGAUCAAGACGACAGGAGGAUUAGAUCGGUGGGGCCUCUCGACAUCACCAACACCUACCACACAAAAUCGAAGAUUGUUUCGAAAGAUGGAAAAGGAGAGGUCAAGCAAUCAAUUACUAAUUCAGAAAAAGUUGUGAAUAAAUUUCCAAUAGUAAAAGAGCGGCAGCAGAGUAACAAAGCUAGUGGAAAAUGCAAGAAACUGCCGAGAGAGGAUGGAUUUGUUGGUUCAAAGGAGAAAAAGAAAUCUAAUUUGGCAGUACAAAAGAAUUGCAAGAGAACUCUUGUACAAAUCAGGAAUGGAGCUGCAAAAUUACCUCACAAACAGUCGCAGGUAUCAAAUGCUAUUUUUUCAUGGAAAAGCAGCACACAGUUAUCUACUAAGCCGUGCAUCCAGACACCCACAACCGUCUCACCGGCCGCUGCUCCCCGCUGCGGCGCCUGGUCGGAGCAAAAGAACUUUAUGCUGCAAAUACUUCUCAAGCUCAAGGCCGGCGCCGGUUUAAGCCGCUGGUGGGAGAGAAAGCUGAUUUUUGAGCUGGUUGAUGAACUCUUAGCUGAGAAUUUAACUCGCCAAUUGAGGUUGAGCCGGAGAAUUAAUCCUGUCCGCGAUGACGGCGGUUGUCGGUUGGUGGAGGAAUUAUGCAAGAAAAUAGGAGGUUUUCCGGCGGCUAAGUGUGUGGUCCUUGAAGAUAUUGAUUCGUUAAUCGAUAAAGAUUGGUGUAAGGAGAAUUGGGAUGGGUUUCAGGGUGAAGAAGAGGAUAUGGUGGGCAAAAUUGAAUGUGAAAUAAUGGAGUGGUUGGUGGAUGAAGUGGUGGCCGUGAUGGGUGGCGAUGCGGCGGAGGAACUGCUAUUUGUCGCGUGAGGCUUCACUAACUGGGCUACCUUCUCCUUUUGAAUUAAACCAGAUUCUCUUCUAAUUGUAUCGCUGUAAAUGAAUAUUUUAAAGAAAAUAAUUAGGUGUAUUAAUUGAUGAGAGAAAGUUAAAUUAUUGUUUUAAAAAAAGAAAUGUGUCAUUUU